AUGUCUCUCUCCUCGGACAAGCAGCCAGUUCUACCCAGAAAUGCCUUGAUAACCCCUUCCGUUUCUCCCCCUCCCUCUCUCCGUCUUGCCUCGCCAAAAUUAAGACGAAAAUCCACCUCACGGCCACCUCCCAACAAACGCGCACGGACGAGCGAACCUCCAUCCUCUCCAGAUCCCUCUGGCUCCCAUACCCCUACCGACACAUCGACUACUUCCCCAGUCGUAAAUCCAACUCGUGAUGAAGCAUGGCGAGCCUCCUCUCAGCGGCUUCUUAGCGUGUGGUCCCAACUUGCCGAGAGGUAUAAUGUCCCCCUUGACCAGGACGAUAUCGUCGAUUUGCGAACCGUCAAGCUGGUCAAGGAUCGCGGCAUUACGCGCCGCCUAAAGAAGGGCUACAGGAUUGGCUACUUUGGCGACCCUACUCCGGACGACGCAGAUGCUUCGAGCGAGGACGAUAGGGACGGUGAAGACGAGAUCGAUUCGCUGCCACGGCCUGAGCCCAAGGUGCCUAUAAAGCUAGAGAUGGAGAAGACGAAUCGUGUUCUUCCCCCUUUUACGGAGAUGAAUCCUGCGGACGCAGAUGACCUUAAAGCCUUCUUGGAGGAAGAGGAGCAGAGGAGGGCCAUCGGUGGUGUGGAUGACGACCCAGAUGAAGAUGAGGUAGCAGAGAAUGUCGCGACGGACUUCGAGGACUUUGUAGAACUCGGAACAGACGAAGAAGACGAACAUUCAGAUUGGGUGACAGAACGAGUCGUGCGGGUGGACUCCCGAAGAACCCCAAUAAGACGCACACCGGCGCCGCGUCCCUACGCCACCGCGCCGAACUCCUGGCCGUCAGACGUCUCGGUCAGAAGCAUCGCGACCGCAAACACCUCUGCCACGGACACCUUCGCCAAGUCCAAAUAUCAUAGACCUGACAACACCUUCUCCUCCAUCUUCACCAGGCACACCUUUGUUGCGCCAAAGAUCAUUGUCACGAGCGCGACAUGUUCGUCUGCCAUCUUCCUCUCCUUUCCGACCCAGAGCCAGUACUUCAAGUAUAUUAGACGAGGACGUGGAAGAUAUCUUCGUGCCCCCUUCGUCCCUUUCCAAGAUUGCUACACGACCGCUAGCGUCCCGAAACACACAGUUGCGAACUCCACCUUUAUCUUUAGCCAGCAGCAGCACGCCAGAGCUUAG